AAGCCAGAACAGUACACAAGAGCGAAAAUUCCAUUACUCGAUAACCAGAGGGCGGAUCUGCAAAAAGCCUCCUCCUCUCCACCCCUCGUCGGCGGCAUCUCGUCGCCCCCGCCUCGAAGCUUCCAGAAGCUUCUCCUCCUCUCUCCUCCCCUCCCCAUGGCGCGGCGGGGCCACCACCACCACCUGGCGGAGGUGGCCCUCCUCGCGUCGGCCUCCGAGGACCUCGCCGCCGUGGGCGCCGGCGAGAGGGAGGGGUGGCUCGACGACCCCGCCGUGCUCCCCUCCCUCGCGCCGCGCGCGCGCGCCCUCGCCGUCGCCAGCGCGGCGAGGUCCGUGCUCGCGGUUGUCCCGGUCGCCGGAGUAGGCGGUGGGGUCACGGUGAGGCCCGCGCUGGGGCCCGACGACGGCCGGAUCUCCGCGGUGGAGUGGGUCCCGCUCGUCGGGGAGGACGCCGAGGAGGCUGGUGGGGAGGGAGUGGCCGUCGCCGUGGGCACCGACGCCGGGUGGCUUCUGUUCUACUCUCUCGCAGGCGAUCUACUGCACAAGCAGAGUAUUUAUCCUUCAAAGAUACUGAAACUUAACUUCCGUGAGAGGAAGGAAAACGCCUGGGAAGAUUCGGGUUCAGAUGAGCUUUCUGUGGUUUUCCCUGGUGUUAUUGCACGUUUUGAUGGUGCUGACCUUCAGAACAUGCUUCAAAAAUCAUUACAUGAAGUUAAAUCACACCUGUGGAAAGACAAAUCUGAACAGGAAGAUGCUGAGGAAGAUAGUUCCUUUGGAAGAAUACCUUUUCAAAUUUGGAAUGUAAGCAAAUUCAGUUCUUGUGCAGAUGCUGCAAUUGUUGGGCUGAUGCCACCUCCCUUGCUGGAACUUCAGUCGAGUCAGCGCCAUUAUUGUGCAAUUACAGUUGGAGAGGAUGCUGUAGUUUCUGCAUAUAGGUUAUCAGAAGACAGAAGCAGGUCAAUUGUUGGAGCAAUUUUAUCAAGAGGUGUUGCUGCAACAUUUUCAACAAUAUCAUCUCUGUCUAAAAUUAUAUGGCGGAGCGAACCAUCACCAACCAAGAAAUCACGUCCUAAGCCUCAGUCCUUUGCAAAAACAUCACCACUAACUUGCUUGAAAGAUUCACCGAGGAAGGGUGAACGGCUUACACUAUCUCCAAGUGGUACAUUGGCUGCCAUAACUGAUUCUCUUGGCCGCAUUCUACUAUUGGAUACUCAUGCCCUUGUGGCUGUACGGCUGUGGAAGGGUUACCGUGAUGCUUCAUGUCUUUUUGUUGAGAUGCUUCUGAACAAAGAUAAAGCAUCGAGCUCACUGCACACAGAAUAUACAAAGAGUGACUAUUGCCUGUGCCUAGCGAUCCAUGCUCCACGGAAAGGCAUCAUUGAGAUCUGGCAAAUGCGUACCGGGGCACGUCUUCUGACCAUCCCGUGCCCCAAGGGAAGCAGGAUCUUACAGCCAUCGACGAGGUUCAUGUCAUCGCCCUUCUCAUCGUUGUAUUCACCAUUGGAGGUUUACCUGUUCAACGGUGACUCUGGGCAGUUGUCUGUAUUGAAUAGGCACAUUGGUUAAAUAUAUCUUCUCUUGUGCUGUUUUCUUUUUUUCUUUUACCGCCCAGGGUUGUACAGUACUAUUUUAAUUCCUGAAUGGCUAGGUGUUUAUGAUUUGGCCUUUCAAGGAGAUAAAUAAAUAAAGCUAGUUUUGUGUGAUUUUGCCAAUAUAUGAAAAGCUAAAGAAUUCCUCA